AGCAGCAGACAUCAGUCGUUGAUUCACUCUCGCCCGAUCGACACGGCGGAGACACUUAAUCUUGUAGACCUUCUAUACAGUCGCACGAGUUUUUAAAUUUGAAAUCAUCAAGAAGAGAAGUUUUGGUGAUGUCAUUCGGUCAAGACGCGAUGAACUACCGAUGAAGUCAGUUUCUAUCCCGGUGCUGGCGACUUUUUGUGGUUCUUUUACCGGCCGCUCAAUGGACGGACGGCAGGAUGCGAACCAACAGCAGUGGGUGACGAGUCGGUGUUGUGCUGGGCGAACACAACGACCUUACGGCAAACGUUUGUCUAGUGUAGCGUGUUUCCUUCUGGUGGUUCUCAUGCUGAUUCUCGGAUCCCGGCGUUGCAGCGCAGCCAUGGAAAGUCGGGAUCCAGCAUCCAGCGGCGGCAGAUUCGGCGGUGGGGGCGGCAAUCACUUUCUGGACGACGACGAAGACGACGAUGGAGACGGAGUGGUGUGGCCCACCCUGUCUCUUUCACCUCGUUUCCAGCACAUCCCGCCUCCACCCCCGCCCGUCGUUUACGGCCCAUUUUUCGAGCCGGAAUUCGCUACAAAUAUAAGCGUCUUGGCCGGGCAGACCGUCUUGCUCCAGUGCCGAGUCAUGGAUCUAGGUGAUCGAGUGGUUUCGUGGGUUCGACAAUCGGAUUUGGCUAUUUUGGCAUCGGGCGGAGUCAGCCACACGAGCGACAACCGAAUCACGGCAUCGGCCGACGAAACGCUGACCGACUGGGAACUGCAAAUCGCCGAAGCCCAAACCAAAGAUUCCGGCCUGUACGAAUGUCAGGUCAACACGGAACCCAAAAUCAAUUGGCCCGUCACUGUCCACGUAGAAGCUGCUUUGGCGUCGAUCGUGGGCGCCUCUGAACUUUACGUGCGGACGGGCAGCACCAUCAGUCUGACGUGCAUCAUCCAAGGAUCGGGUUCCAUCCCGCCACGUGUCCUCUUUUGGUUUCACAAUUCCAAGCCGAUCGCGCUCGAUUCUCCGCGCGGUGGGAUAUCACUGGAAACGGAACGAACGGUCACGGGAAUGUCAUCCAAAUUACUCCUCACGCGUGCCACCGUCCAAGACGGAGGAAACUACACUUGCGCUCCUCCCGGCGCCCAACCGGCUGACGUCACUGUCCACGUCCUCAACGGUGAGCAUCCGGCCGCCAUGCAGCGAGGGAACAGGAGUCCAUCAACCAACGGCGGAGAAAGAGCGGCCCAUUUGGGUGCCAAAUGUCUCUGGGCCGUUCAAGUGAUUGCAUUACAGUAUUCCAUCCAGCGCUGGCUAUUCGGGAGCCCGUCUCCCACCGUUUAAUUAUUUUUUAAGAUCCGAAAGGAAAUGCGGCACAUCACAUAUAGAUGGGAUUCAACUUGUUUCAAGGACCCGCGCUUUUCAAAAAUUCAAAAAAAAAGAAAAAUUCAAAAAAAAAAGAGAGAAAUGUUUUUGGUUUGUUUUUUUAACAAAUGAGAUUUUGGUUUUUCCUCAAAAAAUGAAAUUCUUUUACCAUCCCGCGUCAUUCUCUUUUUACUUAUUAUUCUGAUUAUAACCUUAUUAUAUAUAUUAUAUAACUAUACUGCGAUUAUCAUCAUCCUCUCGAGUGAAAUAGUACGUGACGAACAACACAAUCGUGACAUUUUCACCCUUUUUCAUCUCUAAAUCCUUCACACAAAAAAAGUCAUUCCCCACUGGAAUUUUUUUAUUUCUCGGUUGUUGUACUGUGUGUGUGAAUGUUGUUUUUACACAAAAAAAUAUGCUAUCGUU